AUGACCUGGUCAGACCACUCACCAGUAAUCAUCACCAUAGAACACCCCAAGCCCUCAAAACCGCAAUGGACGUGGAAAUUAAAUGAAUCGCUCCUGGAAGACCCACUAAUCCAAACAGACGUACGAUCCACUCUAGAGCACUUCUUCCUCACCAACAAGACACCUGACUCCACGCAACCCACAAUCUGGGAGGCGCAAAAAUGCAUCGUCAGAGGGAUCCUUAUCAAACAUGGCACCCGCCUGAAAAAACAAGGUACACAAGAAAUUGCAUACCUUGUCACCCAGGUCGCCCAACUGGAAGCAAAACACAAACACACCCUCCACGACGCCACCUACAAACAACUACUGGAGACUAGA